UCGUCAUGCCAGGCAUCAUCAUUCAAUUGGACAUAUCAAUCUAUGCGUCUCUACACUACAGACUCAUCAUCCUCAUCCUCGACAUCAAAGGCAUCAACAACAUCAACGACAUCAACGACAAAGAGAAGAUAUAGUGCUGCAUCAUCCAACUCCAACAACUCCAACUCAAAUAAUACCAAUCAUUCACAUCAUGGUCAACAUCAUCAUACACAGCAGACUGCAGGUGCAUCUCAACAGGUGACCCACCCUGCAUUGGUAAAGCUGUCAGAGAUGCCACAGAGGAUCAACUAUCAAAUAUCAAGAGAGAACAACAACCCAGUUGGAAUCAACAGACAAGAGGGCAGCAGGACACGCUUCACCUGGAAAGGACUGCCGCGCACCGUCCUCAUCGUCAAGAAGCACAAAGACAAGCGUACAGCAAUGUGGCUACACACCAUCGCGUUAUGGCUGAAGGAGAAGUAUAACCUUAGAGUGUUGGUCGAGCCCAAUGUGUUGGCUACGGUCGAGUCGUCACAUAUUGAGAGUUACUCGGAUGAGGAGAGACAUAUGCUUGGCAAGGUUGUGGACUUUGUAAUCACACUUGGUGGUGAUGGUACACUACUCCAUGUCUCAUCAUUGUUCAGGGAGGAUGUACCACCUAUCAUAUCAUUCCAUCUCGGUACCCUUGGCUUCCUGAUGCCAUUCAACGUGGAGGACUAUCAAGAUGCAAUCAGCAAUGUGAUAAAGGGAGAGUUCUUGUGCACGAAUAGGAUGAGACUCACUUGUGAUAUAUACCAGAAACAACAGUUGGGCACAGAUCAGCCUUCAAAGAGCUUCCAGGUGAUGAAUGAAGUGACGAUACAUCGUGGAUCAAAUCCACAUUCGGUCGUGAUCAACUGUACGAUCAAUGGUCAUAUGCUUACCGAUAUCGUUGGCGAUGGACUGAUCGUUGCCACGGCCACUGGAUCAACGGCCUACUCACUGUCUUGUGGCGGUCCCAUGGUGCAUCCCUGUAUAAACUGUAUAUUAAUCACGCCCAUUGCGCCAAGCUCCCUAACGUCCAAGCCAUCACUGUUGCCCGAUGACUCGGUACUCAAGUUGAAU